CGCAUCUGUCCGUACCUCUUCCUUGCCCGACCUUUCUCUUGACAAACCUUCGCGUCUGCCCGACUUCGUCUUUCACCCGAUCUACGGUUUACCCGACUUGGGUACACCUUUUUUCAGACUCCGCCCGACCUUUCUUCCUUCCCGAUCCUUGCAUCUGUCCGAUUGCACCCGACUUCUGGGUCAUUUAACUUAUAUCCAGACCCGUCCAGAAUCCCACUGCCAUUAUUUAUUAUUAUUAUUUUUUGUGCUUAACAAUUAUAUAGUGUGUGUGUGUAUAUAUAUAACAUGUGUGAUGUGUCUGUUCAGAAGCUCUUCAGUAACAACCACCUGAAAAAAGGGAUAGAGCCUGAGAGAUCAAAGAUACGUUUCUGUUCUGACGAUCUCGAUUCCAUCUUCUAACCAGGGACUUUUGGAGAGGCUAGCGCAAAAUGUUUGGAAUUGUGAGGCAAAAGGCAACCUGCGGACGCAAUUGUGCUUCGAAAUUGGUUCGAAGAAUUCCGGAGAUUGCGUUGAGAGCAUCGUCUUCAUCUGCUCGGGAGAUGACUGUUCGUGAUGCUUUGAAUUCAGCAAUGGAUGAAGAAUUGUCUGCUGAUCCUAAUGUUUUCAUAAUGGGUGAAGAGGUUGGUGAGUAUCAGGGUGCAUAUAAGAUCACCAAAGGACUUCUAAAGAAAUAUGGUCCGGAGAGGGUUCUUGACACACCUAUCACUGAGGCUGGAUUUGCUGGAAUUGGAGUCGGUGCAGCUUAUCAUGGUCUAAAGCCUGUAGUAGAGUUUAUGACUAUGAACUUCUCGAUGCAGGCGAUCGACCACAUUAUUAAUUCUGCAGCAAAAUCAUAUUACAUGUCCGCUGGUCAGAUACAAGUGCCCAUUGUGUUCAGAGGCCCUAAUGGUGCAGCUGCUGGUGUUGGCGCACAGCAUUCACAGUGCUUUGCGGCAUGGUAUAGUGCAAUCCCAGGAUUAAAGGUACUGGUUCCAUACUCUUCAGAAGAUGCCCGUGGACUGCUUAAAGCCGCUAUAAGGGAUCCAGAUCCGGUUGUCUUCCUUGAAAAUGAACUUCUGUAUGGAGAAUCAUUUCCUGUCUCAGCAGAAGCACUUGAUUCCAACUUUGUUAUUCCCAUUGGGAAAGCUAAGAUUGAGCGCCAAGGAAACGAUGUAACCAUCACUGCCUUCUCAAAGAUGGUUGGCUUUGCUCUCAAGGCUGCUGAAACUCUUGCAGAAGAAGGGAUUUCUGCUGAGGUGAUCAAUCUCCGAUCUAUUCGCCCUCUCGACAGAGCUACAAUAAAUGAUUCUGUUAGGAAAACCAGCAGGCUUGUGACUGUCGAAGAAGGAUUCCCUCAACACGGCAUCGGCGCAGAGAUUUGUGCUUCUGUUGUUGAAGAGAGCUUCGACUAUCUUGAUGCACCAGUUGAGAGAAUCGCAGGCACUGAUGUCCCGACACCAUAUGCUGCAAACAUCGAGCGAAUGGCUUUUCCACAGGUUGAAGACAUUGUUCGAGCAGCGAAGAGAACCUGUGGCAAGUCGAGUUAAUUGAGCUAUACAACGACACAAAAGACAAGGUCUUGUCGUCAUUCCUAUCGACAUCGAUAUAGUAAUUGUUCUCACAUCCUCAAAUAGUUCAGAAAAUGAGACAGCAGCAACAACAAUUCUUGAUCGUAAUUUCGCCAUAAACCGUUAUUACAGUUAGGAAAUAAGAAAGGAUCACACACUUGUCUCCUCCUAUUGACAGUUUUGGAGGAUGCUGUUUUUAUCUGAGUAAAAAGAGCUGAAAGAGAGAGGGGGAGAAGCACAAAUUUAAACAAGUAAGCAUUAUUAGUAUUAUGAAUGAAUUCUUCAAAUAUAUAUAUUUUAAAUUUGUUACUGAU